AUGGCCGUCAAUCACACUCAUACCACCACGAGCGGCGCAGCAAUACAUUACACGGAAAGCGGCAAAAGAACCGGCCAGAUUGUUCUCUUAUUACACGGUCUUGGUGGCUCAACAAGGACAUUCGAGCCUUUGUUGCCACACUUACCCACAGAGCAAUACCGUACCAUCGGUGUCGACUUCGAAGGGUUCGGCAAUAGUCCGCUAUCAAACACAGUAAUAUCUGUGCAACGAUAUGUCUCCGACGUGGACGAUCUCCUCGCGUCUCUUCAGGGAUAUGACUCGCACGAAGGCCGCGACAAGACCGACGAGCAAUCACCAGUCAUCAUCGGCCACAGUCUCGGCUCAAUCGUCGCCCUGCAAUAUGCCAGCAUGCAUCCCAACAGCGUCUCAGGCCUCGGCCUUCUCGGGGUCGGUCGAUCUGCGUCCCAUAUCCCAGCAGCCCGUGAGCGCAUGCUAGCUCUAGCAAAGAAAGUGCGUGAAGAAGGCAUACAUGCCGCAGCCGAUACGGCGGUUGUCAGUAACUUCGGAGUAAGCGAGAAACCUUCGCCUGAAGCUAAACAAGCUGUGCGUGAAGCAGUUGCUACCAGCAAUCCAGACGCCUACGCCAUGACCUGUGAAGCGAUCGUCAGUCCAUCCCACAUCGAUCCUGAUUAUAGCAAGAUCAGCUGCCCUGCUGUAUUCGUAUCUGGGCGAGAAGAUCGUCUCAGCCCGCCAGAAAGAGCCCAAGAACUCAGCAGGAUGCUCGGUGGACCGACCGCGGUAUAUGUAGUCGAAGGUGGCCAUCAGCCUAUAUUGAGCGACCUUCGAAGCACUGCGAGAGCAAUGGAGAAGCUCUUUGCGAUGUUGGAAUCAUGAAGCUGGACGAAGCUGGACGGCACAUGAAUCAGAGAGAAAUGCACCGAAGACUGUUCACUGGAAGCACCAGAGCAUGUAGGGUUUCGAAUGUAUAGGUGCGACCUUGGCGGCGUCUGCGGUGGUUCGGUGUGCUGCAUGUCUUAAGCGAGCCUUGCAUCUCAACCAUAAUUGCACGCUUGCG